GGGCCCCGCGCGCGGAUCUCGCGAGAGCGUUAGAGGGCGGAAGCGCUAUUCGAGCAGGAUGAGGUUCGUGGUUGCGUUAGUCCUCCUGAGCGUCGCAGCGGCUGGAGCCGCGCCGCUCUCGGACACCGCAAGUGUCAAGAAAGAAGAAGCUGGAGUUCGGCCUUCUACAGAAAACGUCUCUACUUACCCCACCUUGAGCCAACGGCCUGGAGGCUCUACCAAGUCGGAUCCGGAGCCGCACACUUCAGUAGACAGCCCUAGCAGUUCGGAUCCAGAGCCGCAGACUUCAAAAGACAGCCCUCGCAAGUCGGGUGCGGAGGCGCAGACCCCAGAAGACAACCCCAACAAGUCGGGUGCGGAGGCAAAGACCCAAAAAGACAGCUCUAGCAAGUCAGGUUCGGAGGCUCAGAUCACAAAAGACAGCUCCAGCAAGUCGGGUGCGGAGGCAAAGACCCAAAAAGACAGCCCUAGCAAGUCGGGUUCGGAGGCGCAGACCACGAAAGACAGCACUAGCAAAUCGGGUGCGGAGGCGCCGACCACAAAAGACGUCCCUAAUAAGUCGGGUGCCGACGGCUCUAGCAAGUCGGGUGCGGAGGAUCAGAUCCCAAAAGACGUCCCUAACAAGUCAGGUGCGGAGAAGCAGACUCCCAAAGACGCCGCUAACAAGUCCGGUGCAGAGGAGCAGGGCCCAAUAGACGGGUCUAGCAAGUCAGAUGCGGAGGAGCAGACCCCAAAAGACGGCCCUGGCAAGGUGGUUCCAGAGCAGCCUUCCAGGAAAGACCAUUCCAAGCCCGUCUCCAACCCUUCUGAUAACAAGGAGCUCCCCAAGGCUGACACAAACCAGUUAGCUGACAAAGGGAAGCUUUCUCCUCAUGCUUUCAAAACCGAAUCUGGGGAGGACACUGACCUCAUUUCUUCCCCGCAGGAGGAAGGUAAGUCUUCAGAGCCUACUGAGGAUGUGGAGCCCAAAGAGGCUGAAGAUGAUGAUACAGGACCCGAGGAGGGCUCACCGCCCAAAGAAGAGAAAGAAAAGAUGUCCGGUUCUGCCUCCAAUGAAAACCGUGAAGGGACACUUUUGGAUUCCAGGGGUAGCGAGAAGGAUGACCAUUAUAGGGAGAGUUCUGGAAAUGCCAGCGCGGAGAGCAGCCACUUCUUUGCAUAUCUGGUGACUGCAGCCAUUCUUGUGGCAGUCCUCUAUAUCGCUCAUCACAACAAGCGGAAGAUCAUUGCUUUUGUCCUGGAAGGAAAAAGAUCUAAAGUCACCCGGCGGCCAAAGGCCAGUGACUACCAACGUUUGGACCAGAAGUCAUAACAGAAUGGUAUAUUCCUCUGGAAAAAGAUGAACGUCACCAAUGGAUUGUGCUGCUCUCGUUUCAGCUUUGAAUUUUUUGUCCUUGAGAACCUUGUCCUCCCUGCUGAUUUGUUUCUAAAUCAAAAGAAAUGAAGAAAAAAGUACUGUGACCUAAGAGACACCCUCCUCUAGGAUUUAGUGGCAAGUCUGGGCUGGCAGAGGUAGGGGGUUGCUUUGGGGUUUGCACCUGCACUUUGGUGACAUCGUUCUUCUGUGUUCCCUUUAUUUAUGCUGGUGGCUUCCAUCCAUUCCUCCUCUGAGUGUGAGUGGAGGGCCAUGUGGAAACACGGCUAUGACCAAAGGGAUAUCCCAGUCUGGGCAGGUUGCGCUGCUGACCACCCUCCCUUGGGGCCCGGGCUCUGUAGGAAAGUUGGCCCUUGAUUGUGGCAUUGCACUCUCACGGUUUCUCUCUGCAGACCUAGGGGAAAACUGCAGGUAGAAGUGCUUUUCUACUAAGGCCUCUUACUUUUGGGGGGAUGUGCCCUACAGAAGACAUAGAAGAUGGGGAAAUGCCGAUGGGCAAAGAGCUACUUCGAAUACAUAAUUCUCUUCAAAGACUUCAGCAGCAAACCAAAACAGCAGGUUAAAAAAAAAAAAUGCUUUUCUGGGUGCAAGUCUAACCUGUCUAGCAUGAGAUCUUCUUGAUUUUCUGAUUAUUUUGUGUAACUUGAAACAAAGUGAAUCAGCUUCCACUUGGUUGUGCCGAGCAUAAAACAGAACUUGGGCUUCCUAAUAGGCCACUGUCCCAUCACAGAUUUUUAAAAUAAAUAUGAUUUGAAAUAGUGUGAUCUUUCACACAAUCAUACUCAGUAGGAACUUUUUGAAAUAGGGCAACUUCAUGUUUCAUGCGAGAAAACAUGAAGGAGGGUUUUGGUUUUGGUCUGCAGUUUUUCCAAAGGGCUUUUAUGAGAUACAUUUCCCACAAAGUCCAUUUGGCCUUUGUUGCCUAAAACAGACAAAAUAGACUUAGAUUUAUUAAUAGAAACUAACUAUACUCUCUGCCCAUUUUUACCUCAGUGUAUUUAAUGGUCCUUUAAUCUGAUAUAAGAUGCCAAGGGCAUUUGAUAAAAAUUAUUCUUCCAUGCCAUGUCAGGAGUUAAUGCAAAUGAAGAGAUUCCGUGGGUUCCCCUGGGAUAAGUGAGGUUAGUGUCUUAGACCACACUAUUGUUUGAAGGUUUAUCUCUUCUAGUCAUGCUCUUCCACAUUGUAGACAGCCUAAAGAGAGUUGUUUUUGAGCUGAUCUCAGGGAAGUACAAAUAACUUGGGAGAUGAGGGACAAAAGAUGAUUCUGUGCUGUCAAGGCAGUAAGUCUGAAGAAAGGACCAUGCUUCUUAUAUUAUCUUCCACCUUGCUUAAAACAGCCCAUAGCUUUGAGUUGACAUUUUCAUUCUUGGCAGGUAGCCUACUUUAUGGAGGUAAGGAAUGAAGACUUACCCUUGGGUCAUUCUCUGUACUGAUGCAUUGGUCUUCUAAUACUUUGCACCAACCUGAGGAAUCUUCUUUUAGGCUCCUCUAGCAUCCCCUAAGACCGUGGCUAUUGCACUUCUCUCUCCCUGCCUGCCUCCCUUAUCCCUGCCUUUCCCCUCCUCGUGUUUUCUGAUUGUGCCCAUCUAUACCAGCUCCUUUCCUUCCACCUUCAUAUGCACCUGGAUUUUUCUGUUCCCAACUGUCCUAUUUGUUAUUCAUCCUGCUACUCAAGUUCUCCAGCAUGUUGCUUCCCUUAAGUUGCCAUUCAUUCUCUUCAUGACUUUUACCAACUCACUUCGGUCUCUGUCUGUCAACUAAGCUUUUCUAAAGGUUACCAGUUAUCAGAUUACCAAAUCCAUGGCUUUUUCUCAAAGCUUAGUCUUGUCCUUGAUGGAACUGGACACUGUUGACCAUCCAAAUGGAAAUUCCCCUUUCUUGAUGUCUCUGACAAAUGGUCCUUUGCCUUAUCUUGUGCUGGUGGGAAAGAGGCCCUCAAAGCCAGGCCUCUCUAUUCCUUUGACUGUCUCCUCAGCCAUUCACAUCCAUUCUUCAUCCUUGGAGUGAAUGAUUCCCAAGUCUUUGUCUUGGCUUAGUACCUAAAGAACCCAGUGCUGCUGGUAUCGAAUAGUUCAGCUUGGUUGUCACAGAAAGGAAUUUCUCUCCUGCCCAUCAGCCUGUCCCUUCCAGCUGUCCAGGUCAGUCUUCAGUCACCUGAAUUCCUAACUGCAGACUUUUGCCCUUUUUCUCUCUCAUCACCAAAGUCCUAUCCGUUUUUUAAAAAAAUAAAAGAUCCUUAGCUACAGUCUUUUCGUUUUCCUUGCUUCUCUUGUUGCCCACCCCCAGCCCGUUUUACUUCUCUGUUGGAUUUUCUGUUUUCAGAUCCACAUUUACUGGGUUUCCUGUGCAGCUUCUUGGAAAGAAGUUCAAUCUUGGAAAGACUGAUCUUUCCAAAAUAUUUGCCCUGGUCUGAAGCUUUGGUCUGAACUUCUCGAGGCUUAGAGAAUCCAGUUACAGACUUUUUGGGGUUCAGCAUGCUAUAGAUUGACACCCUCCUGCCUGUCUUUCUCUGCAUCCCAACCUGGCCAAGGUCCCUCCUGUGGGGUGCCCAUCUGUGCCUUUAUUCUGGCUGUGCCCUCGACUUUCCAGCUUCCCAUGGUUCUUUGGUUAGGUUUCUCUUCCUUCUCUUCUUUCUCCUGCCUUCCCUAAUCUGCCUGUUUCUUCAGGGCCCAGCUCGUUUCCUCGUACGCCUUCCUCACUACCCCACCCCACGCUGUCGACUCCUUCCCUCAGCUCCACUAGCUCUUCAUCAUGCCACUCCUUUCAGAACUUCAACAAACCAGGGCAGUCAGGAUCUGAAGUCUUUCUGGUCUCCCCAAGCAAACUAAGCACUUGAGGGACAGCCCUUGGCAAUGCUUUCCUGUCUGCUGAGCAUGGUGACCUUCCUUAGGACUUUCAGAGUUCAGUUCCUUCUGGCAGAUAUGUUUUCUUUCUCCAUGCCACAUGGAUGUGACUCAAAUGUGGGGUCCCACAGCUUUUCCUGGCUACCACUUGCUGUGACCUUAUACAUAUGUUGGGUUUUGCUCUUGAAGAGGAGAGCAGGAAGAAAGGUUGGUUUCAGAAACCAAGAGAGAUGGCAGUGGACCGAGUACAUUUUGUCACGGAGUCCACAGAGCUGAGCAGACUCUGAGAAGUAUCAUUGCUUGUGUUGAAAGAAUACAACAGGAUUUAAGUUUCUCUUUAGAAAUUGCACUGAAGAAAGGCAGGGCGCGGUGGCUCACCCCUGUAAUCCCAGCACUUUGGGAGGCCGAGGUGGGCGGAUCACGAGGUGAAGAGAUCGAGACCAUCCUGGCCAACAUGGUGAAACCCCGUCUCUAAUAAAAAUACAAAAAUUAGCCGGGCGUGGUGGCGUGCACCUGUAGUCCUAGCUACUAGGGAGACUGAAGCAGGAGAAUUGCUUGAAUCCGGGAGCCGGAGGUUGCAUUGAGCUGAGAUCAUGCCACUGCACUUCAGCCUGCCAAUAGAGCGAGACUCCGCUCAAAAAAAAAAAAAAAAAAAAAACACAGCACUGAAGAAAAUACCACACAGCAAAGGAAAACUUAUUUUCUGCAAGGUGUCUUUUCAAAGAUAGAAUGUUUGAAGCAUGUUUCCUGGAGAUUGUGUGGAUGAGGGUGAGCUGGCUGAGGCGUCGUUCAAGCUGGGGGGUGUAAGAAGCACGUGCAGCCACAAGAGGCACCUCCUAUAGUCAGCUAAGGGCUUCCCUUUCUGCACCCAGCUUUUGGGUGAAGGGUGAUUUCUGUUAGACAAAUCUGUGCUUCAGUCAUAGAUGUUAAUAGAGGAAGCAAUUUUCCUGCUGCAGAUCCCUGAAGAGAGUUGCUGAAACAGUCUAGUUCCAGACUCAGGGGAGGUCGAAGGCCAGUCUGUAGAAAGGCUGAGGCAACGGGGAAAGACUUGACAGCUAGUUACAUAUGCUCUGACAUGGUACCCCCAUGAUGGCUUCCAGUGACACAUGUGCUGAUAGAAUUCUAAACCUCUGGAAUUUCCCUGCUGGUUAAUUCUGUGGCCCUUGACUGUACAGGGUGACCUGAUGCCAGAUGCUGUGGGCGUGAUGAGAACUAGAGAACUUGCAGUGUGGAGGAAGCUGUGUGAGGCACCAGACCCUGUGCUUCUGCAGGCCAUUUCCUGAAAACCCCUGUUAGAAAGGUUGGGUUUAGUGUGACUUGCUUGAGCAAGAGUCCUUGGGAGAGAUUUUGAGGUUUAAUUUAACAGUAUCUCCAGAGCUAACAGUGACUCCAUUCAGCUAGUUCCGCAAGUCAGAUGUAAACUUAGAGUCUCCUUUGUGAAGGGUUUGGGUCUGAGCUGUAUAGUACGUCAGUGGGUAAGCCCAGCCCUUCAUCCUCUGAUAGAUACCCCUUUAAUUCACCAGACUUCAUGUUCGAUACAUUAUUAAUAGUUGAAAUUGUUUCUCUUCUUUUGUAUUUUCCCAGUUAAUAGAUGGCUACUGUUUCCACAAUGUUUUAUAUUUUCAGCUUUUUGUAACUUAAUUACUUAAUUUUAUUUUUUUAAAGCUUGUUGCGGUCUAAUGAGAAGUAUUUUUCAGUGCAUAAUGUUUUUCCGAGCUUCUGUUAAUGCCAUCCCAAUGUAGUUUUGUUGAACAGAAACCAAAAUAAAUUUCAGAAUGUUAAAGCAA